GUCACGUGUGGAGCGGCAGCGGGGGCAGCAGCGGCGUUCAGAGCACCAGUAGGGGGAGUGCUGUUUGCACUGGAGGAGGUCACGUCCUGGUGGCGCCCGCAGCUCAUGUGGAGGGUGUUCUUCACGUCAGCAGUGGUAGCGGUGGUGCUCAAGGCGUGCAUGCGCUGGGGAGCGAGUGAGUUCUUCUCCUAUCAGCUUCUACCCAUGACCAUGCUCGGUCUCAUGGGUGGUCUUCUAGGGGCGCUAUUCAACCAGCUCACGCUCUACCUCUCCGCGUGGCGCCGCAACUACCUCCACAAGCGGGGCGAUCGAGUCAAGUCCAUCCCUCCACCCCCUCACUUCACCCUGUUCCCGCGUCCCCCCUCUCCCUCUCAGAUCAUCGAGGCGUGUCUGAUCAUAGAGGCAUGUCUGGUGGCAGCAGCCACAUCAGCACUGUCCUUCACCAUCCCCUUCCUGGCGCCGUGCCGGGCGUGCCCCGACCCCAUGCGCUACCCUGACAUUGUGUGCCCGCGCCCCAAGUACCACUGGGGGAACUUCGUGCAGUUCAACUGCCCUCGUGACGACCAGUACAACGACCUCGCCACCAUUUUCUUCAACACACAGGACGACGCCAUCCGCAAUCUGUUCAGCAGCGGCACCAUUCAGGAGUACAGCGCCACCACCCUUAUCUCCUUCCUCCUCAUCUUCUUCUGCCUGGCGGUGCUGACAUACGGCAUUGCAGUGCCGUCAGGGCAGUUCGUGCCGGGCAUAAUGAUAGGUGCCACGUAUGGCCGGCUGGUGGGCAUGCUCAUGGUGCACAUGUACGGGCAGGACAACACGGACGAGGGCACGACAACACCGACGAGGGCACGUGAGUCGAGGACCGGGGUGUUGGGGAAGGGGGGUGGGGGGAUUGGGAGGCGGGGAAAUGGGGAGGAAGGGGGAGAAGGGUUGGUGUUGGUGGUGGCAUGGGCGGUAUGCGCUGCUGGGCGCGGCAUCGUUCCUGGGGGGGUCGAUGCGCAUGACGGUGUCGCUGUGUGUGAUCAUGGUGGAGAUCACCAACAACCUCAACCUGCUCCCGCUCAUCAUGCUCGUCCUCCUCGUCUCCAAGGUGCCUUCCACCUACUGCUGCUCAACCUUCCACCUACUGCUGCUCAACCUUCCACCUACUGCUGCUCAACCUUCCACCUACUGCUGCUCAACCUUCCACCUACUGCUGCUCAACCUUCCACCUACUGCUGCCAACCUUCCACCUACUGCUGCUCAACCUUCCACCUACUGCGGCUCAACCUUCCACUACUGCUGCUCAACCUUCCACCUACUGCUGCUCCAACCUUCCACCUACUGCUGCUCAACCUUCCACCUACUGCUGCUCAACCUUCCACCUACUGCUGCUCAACCUUCCACCUACUGCUGCUCAACCUUCCACCUACUGCUGUCAACCUCCACCUACUGCUGCUCAACCUUCCACCUACUGCUGCUCCACCUUCCACCUACUGCUGCUCAACCUUCCACCUACUGCUGCUCAACCUUCCACCUACUGCUGCUCAACCUUCCACCUACUGCUGCUCAACCUUCCACCUACUGCUGCUCAACCUUCCACCUACUGCUGCUCAACCUUCCACCUACUGCUGCUCAACCUUCCACCUACUGCUGCUCAACCUUCACACCUACUCUACUGCUGCUCAACCUUCCACCUACUGCUGCUCAACCUUCCACCUACUGCUGCUCAACCUUCCACCUACUGCUGCUCAACCUUCCACCUACUGCUGCUCAACCUUCCACCUACUGCUGCUCAACCUUCCACCUACUGCUGCUCAACCUUCCACCUACUGCUGCUCAACCUUCCACCUACUGCUGCUCAACCUUCCACCUACUGCUGCUCAACCUUCCACCUACUGCUGCUCAACCUUCCACCUACUGCUGCUCAACCUUCCACCUACUGCUGCUCAACCUUCCACCUACUGCUGCUCAACCUUCCACCUACUGCUGCUCAACCUUCCACCUACUGCUGCUCAACCUUCCACCUACUGCUGCUCAACCUUCCACCUACUGCUGCUCAACCUUCCACCUACUGCUGCUCAACCUUCCACCUACUGCUGCUCAACCUUCCACCUACUGCUGCUCAACCUUCCACCUACUGCUGCUCAACCUUCCACCUACUGCUGCUCAACCUUCCACCUACUGCUGCUCAACCUUCCACCUACUGCUGCUCAACCUUCCACCUACUGCUGCUCAACCUUCCACCUACUGCUGCUCAACCUUCCACCUACUGCUGCUCAACCUUCCACCUACUGCUGCUCAACCUUCCACCUACUGCUGCUCAACCUUCCACCUACUGCUGCUCACCUUCCACCUACUGCUGCUCAACCUUCCACCUACUGCUGCUCAACCUUCCACCUACUGCUGCUCAACCUUCCACCUACUGCUGCUCAACCUUCCACCUACUGCUGCUCAACCUUCCACCUACUGCUGCUCAACCUUCCACCUACUGCUGCUCAACCUUCCACCUACUGCUGCUCAACCUUCCACCUACUGCUGCUCAACCUUCCACCUACUGCUGCUCAACCUUCCACCUACUGCUGCUCAACCUUCCACCUACUGCUGCUCAACCUUCCACCUACUGCUGCUCAACCUUCCACCUACUGCUGCUCAACCUUCCACCUACUGCUGCUCAACCUUCCACCUACUGCUGCUCAACCUUCCACCUACUGCUGCUCAACCUUCCACCUACUGCUGCUCAACCUUCCACCUACUGCUGCUCAACCUUCCACCUACUGCUGCUCAACCUUCCACCUACUGCUGCUCAACCUUCCACCUACUGCUGCUCAACCUUCCACCUACUGCUGCUCAACCUUCCACCUACUGCUGCUCAACCUUCCACCUACUGCUGCUCAACCUUCCACCUACUGCUGCUCAACCUUCCACCUACUGCUGCUCAACCUUCCACCUACUGCUGCUCAACCUUCCACCUACUGCUGCUCAACCUUCCACCUACUGCUGCUCAACCUUCCACCUACUGCUGCUCAACCUUCCACCUACUGCUGCUCAACCUUCCACCUACUGCUGCUCAACCUUCCACCUACUGCUGCUCAACCUUCCACCUACUGCUGCUCAACCUUCCACCUACUGCUGCUCAACCUUCCACCUACUGCUGCUCAACCUUCCACCUACUGCUGCUCAACCUUCCACCUACUGCUGCUCAACCUUCCACCUACUGCUGCUCAACCUUCCACCUACUGCUGCUCAACCUUCCACCUACUGCUGCUCAACCUUCCACCUACUGCUGCUCAACCUUCCACCUACUGCUGCUCAACCUUCCACCUACUGCUGCUCAACCUUCCACCUACUGCUGCUCAACCUUCCACCUACUGCUGCUCAACCUUCCACCUACUGCUGCUCAACCUUCCACUACUGCUGCUCAACCUUCCACCUACUGCUGCUCAACCUUCCACCUACUGCCUGCUCAACCUUCCACCUACUGCUGCUCAACCUUCCACCUACUGCUGCUCAACCUUCCACCUACUGCUGCUCAACCUUCCACCUACUGCUGCUCAACCUUCCACCUACUGCUGCUCAACCUUCCACCUACUGCUGCUCAACCUUCCACCUACUGCUGCUCAACCUUCCACCUACUGCUGCUCAACCUUCCACCUACUGCUGCUCAACCUUCCACCUACUGCUGCUCAACCUUCCACCUACUGCUGCUCAACCUUCCACCUACUGCUGCUCAACCUUCCACCUACUGCUGCUCAACCUUCCACCUACUGCUGCUCAACCUUCCACCUACUGCUGCUCAACCUUCCACCUACUGCUGCUCAACCUUCCACCUACUGCUGCUCAACCUUCCACCUACUGCUGCUCAACCUUCCACCUACUGCUGCUCAACCUUCCACCUACUGCUGCUCAACCUUCCACCUACUGCUGCUCAACCUUCCACCUACUGCUGCUCAACCUUCCACCUACUGCUGCUCAACCUUCCACCUACUGCUGCUCAACCUUCCACCUACUGCUGCUCAACCUUCCACCUACUGCUGCUCAACCUUCCACCUACUGCUGCUCAACCUUCCACCUACUGCUGCUCAACCUUCCACCUACUGCUGCUCAACCUUCCACCUACUGCUGCUCAACCUUCCACCUACUGCUGCUCAACCUUCCACCUACUGCUGCUCAACCUUCCACCUACUGCUGCUCAACCUUCCACCUACUGCUGCUCAACCUUCCACCUACUGCUGCUCAACCUUCCACCUACUGCUGCUCAACCUUCCACCUACUGCUGCUCAACCUUCCACCUACUGCUGCUCAACCUUCCACCUACUGCUGCUCAACCUUCCACCUACUGCUGCUCAACCUUCCACCUACUGCUGCUCACCUUCCACCUACUGCUGCUCAACCUUCCACCUACUGCUGCUCAACCUUCCACCUACUGCUGCUCAACCUUCCACCUACUGCUGCUCAACCUUCCACCUACUGCUGCUCAACCUUCCACCUACUGCUGCUCAACCUUCCACCUACUGCUGCUCAACCUUCCACCUACUGCUGCUCAACCUUCCACCUACUGCUGCUCAACCUUCCACCUACUGCUGCUCAACCUUCCACCUACUGCUGCUCAACCUUCCACCUACUGCUGCUCAACCUUCCACCUACUGCUGCUCAACCUUCCACCUACUGCUGCUCAACCUUCCACCUACUGCUGCUCAACCUUCCACCUACUGCUGCUCAACCUUCCACCUACUGCUGCUCAACCUUCCACCUACUGCUGCUCAACCUUCCACCUACUGCUGCUCAACCUUCCACCUACUGCUGCUCAACCUUCCACCUACUGCUGCUCAACCUUCCACCUACUGCUGCUCAACCUUCCACCUACUGCUGCUCAACCUUCCACCUACUGCUGCUCAACCUUCCACCUACUGCUGCUCAACCUUCCACCUACUGCUGCUCAACCUUCCACCUACUGCUGCUCAACCUUCCACCUACUGCUGCUCAACCUUCCACCUACUGCUGCUCAACCUUCCACCUACUGCUGCUCAACCUUCCACCUACUGCUGCUCAACCUUCCACCUACUGCUGCUCAACCUUCCACCUACUGCUGCUCAACCUUCCACCUACUGCUGCUCAACCUUCCACCUACUGCUGCUCAACCUUCCACCUACUGCUGCUCAACCUUCCACCUACUGCUGCUCAACCUUCCACCUACUGCUGCUCAACCUUCCACCUACUGCUGCUCAACCUUCCACCUACUGCUGCUCAACCUUCCACCUACUGCUGCUCAACCUUCCACCUACUGCUGCUCAACCUUCCACCUACUGCUGCUCAACCUUCCACCUACUGCUGCUCAACCUUCCACCUACUGCUGCUCAACCUUCCACCUACUGCUGCUCAACCUUCCACCUACUGCUGCUCAACCUUCCACCUACUGCUGCUCAACCUUCCACCUACUGCUGCUCAACCUUCCACCUACUGCUGCUCAACCUUCCACCUACUGCUGCUCAACCUUCCACCUACUGCUGCUCAACCUUCCACCUACUGCUGCUCAACCUUCCACCUACUGCUGCUCAACCUUCCACCUACUGCUGCUCAACCUUCCACCUACUGCUGCUCAACCUUCCACCUACUGCUGCUCAACCUUCCACCUACUGCUGCUCAACCUUCCACCUACUGCUGCUCAACCUUCCACCUACUGCUGCUCAACCUUCCACCUACUGCUGCUCAACCUUCCACCUACUGCUGCUCAACCUUCCACCUACUGCUGCUCAACCUUCCACCUACUGCUGCUCAACCUUCCACCUACUGCUGCUCAACCUUCCACCUACUGCUGCUCAACCUUCCACCUACUGCUGCUCAACCUUCCACCUACUGCUGCUCAACCUUCCACCUACUGCUGCUCAACCUUCCACCUACUGCUGCUCAACCUUCCACCUACUGCUGCUCAACCUUCCACCUACUGCUGCUCAACCUUCCACCUACUGCUGCUCAACCUUCCACCUACUGCUGCUCAACCUUCCACCUACUGCUGCUCAACCUUCCACCUACUGCUGCUCAACCUUCCACCUACUGCUGCUCAACCUUCCACCUACUGCUGCUCAACCUUCCACCUACUGCUGCUCAACCUUCCACCUACUGCUGCUCAACCUUCCACCUACUGCUGCUCAACCUUCCACCUACUGCUGCUCAACCUUCCACCUACUGCUGCUCAACCUUCCACCUACUGCUGCUCAACCUUCCACCUACUGCUGCUCAACCUUCCACCUACUGCUGCUCAACCUUCCACCUACUGCUGCUCAACCUUCCACCUACUGCUGCUCAACCUUCCACCUACUGCUGCUCAACCUUCCACCUACUGCUGCUCAACCUUCCACCUACUGCUGCUCAAACCUUCCACCUACUGCUGCUCAACCUUCCACCUACUGCUGCUCAACCUUCCACCUACUGCUGCUCAACCUUCCACCUACUGCUGCUCAACCUUCCACCUACUGCUGCUCAACCUUCCACCUACUGCUGCUCAACCUUCCACCUACUGCUGCUCAACCUUCCACCUACUGCUGCUCAACCUUCCACCUACUGCUGCUCAACCUUCCACCUACUGCUGCUCAACCUUCCACCUACUGCUGCUCAACCUUCCACCUACUGCUGCUCAACCUUCCACCUACUGCUGCUCAACCUUCCACCUACUGCUGCUCAACCUUCCACCUACUGCUGCUCAACCUUCCACCUACUGCUGCUCAACCUUCCACCUACUGCUGCUCAACCUUCCACCUACUGCUGCUCAACCUUCCACCUACUGCUGCUCAACCUUCCACCUACUGCUGCUCAACCUUCCACCUACUGCUGCUCAACCUUCCACCUACUGCUGCUCAACCUUCCACCUACUGCUGCUCAACCUUCCACCUACUGCUGCUCAACCUUCCACCUACUGCUGCUCAACCUUCCACCUACUGCUGCUCAACCUUCCACCUACUGCUGCUCAACCUUCCACCUACUGCUGCUCAACCUUCCACCUACUGCUGCUCAACCUUCCACCUACUGCUGCUCAACCUUCCACCUACUGCUGCUCAACCUUCCACCUACUGCUGCUCAACCUUCCACCUACUGCUGCUCAACCUUCCACCUACUGCUGCUCAACCUUCCACCUACUGCUGCUCAACCUUCCACCUACUGCUGCUCAACCUUCCACCUACUGCUGCUCAACCUUCCACCUACUGCUGCCUGCCUGCCAUUGCCUGCCCCUGCCUGUCGCUGCGCGCCACUGCCUGCCUGCCUGCCUGCCUCACAUACCACCUAUUUCCUUCUCCCCCUUCUUCACUCCCCUGCUGUCCACACCAGGCGGUGGGAGACGGGUUGAACGCGGGUUUCUACGACCUGCACGCGCAGCUGCGUGGCAUCCCCAUCCUGGAGGCCCAGUCGCAGCGCUUCAUGCGCAUGCUGUCCGCGCGGGACGCGGCGUCCACCAAGGUGGUGUACUUUGCGCGCGUGGAGAUGGUGGGGCGCAUCGCCGAGGUGCUACGGUCUACGUCGCACAAUGGAUACCCCGUGCUGCAGGACCUGCCUGAUGGGCACACGGCGCUUGCCGGGCUGAUUCUGCGCAGCCAGCUGUUGGUGCUUCUGCGCUCCAAGGCGGACUUUCAGCAGUCGCCCACUGAGAGAAUGCACCCCCUGCAGACCAGCUCCCUGCGCUCGCUGGGAAGCUACUCGUUCUCAGACUUUGCCAAGCCGGUGUCCACCAAGGGCAUCACCAUUGGGGACAUAGAGCUGUCGCGGGAGGACCUCACGCUCUGGAUCGACCUGGGGCCCUUCCUCAACCCCACGCCCUUCAUCGUUGACGAGAACAUGUCGCUCACUAAGGUCAGUAUUAAGGUAGCUCAAAUGUGCGCUGCUUUUGAGCCGCUUCAACAGACUGCGCACAUACGGGUUCUAUUUUUGAGGCCCUUCCUCAACCCCACGCCCUUCAUCGUUAACGAGAACAUGUCGCUCACUAAGGUCAGUAUUAAGGUAGCUCAAAUGUGCGCUGCUUUUGAGCCGCUUCAACAGACUGCGCACAUACGGGUUCUAUUUUUGAGGCCCUUCCUCAACCCCACGCCCUUCAUCGUUGACGAGAACAUGUCGCUCACUAAGGUGCACACGCUGUUUCGGCAGCUGGGACUGCGCCAUCUGUGUGUGGUGCCGCCUCCCUCCAGAGCUGUUGGCAUCAUCACGCGCAAGGACCUUCUGCCUGAGAUUCUGGAGGAGCGGCAUGCAGAGUUUGAGGACCUCACAUGGGAGGAAGGCGAGAUCGAGGUGAGCAGUAAAGGAAAGGGAGGGACUGGUGAAAGGGUGUGGGGAAAGGGGGGAAAUAGGGAUGGGAGGAAUGUCGCGGUUGCAUGCUGUUUGCUUGGGCAUGCAGAGUUUGAGGACCUCACAUGGGAGGAAGGCGAGAUCGAGGUGAGCAGUAAAGGAAAGGGAGGGACUGGUGAAAGGGUGUGGGGAAAGGGGGGAAAUAGGGAUGGGAGGAAUGUCGUGGUUGCAUGCUGUUUGCUUGGGCAUGCAGAGUUUGAGGACCUCACAUGGGAGGAAGGCGAGAUCGAGGUGAGCAGUAAAGGAAAGGGAGGGACUGGUGAAAGGGUGUGGGGAAAGGGGGGAAAUAGGGAUGGGAGGAAUGUCGUGGUUGCAUGCUGUUUGCUUGGGCAUGCAGAGUUUGAGGACCUCACAUGGGAGGAAGGCGAGAUCGAGGUGAGCAGUAAAGGAAAGGGAGGGACUGGUGAAAGGGUGUGGGGAAAGGGGGGAAAUAGGGAUGGGAGGAAUGUCGCGGUUGCAUGCUGUUUGCUUGGGCAUGCAGAGUUUGAGGACCUCACAUGGGAGGAAGGCGAGAUCGAGGUGAGCAGUAAAGGAAAGGGAGGGACUGGUGAAAGGGUGUGGGGAAAGGGGGGAAAUAGGGAUGGGAGGAAUGUCGCGGUUGCAUGCUGUUUGCUUGGGCAUGCAGAGUUUGAGGACCUCACAUGGGAGGAAGGCGAGAUCGAGGUGAGCAGUAAAGGAAAGGGAGGGACUGGUGAAAGGGUGUGGGGAAAGGGGGGAAAUAGGGAUGGGAGGAAUGUCGCGGUUGCAUGCUGUUUGCUUGGGCAUGCAGAGUUUGAGGACCUCACAUGGGAGGAAGGCGAGAUCGAGGUGAGCAGUAAAGGAAAGGGAGGGACUGGUGAAAGGGUGUGGGGAAAGGGGGGAAAUAGGGAUGGGAGGAAUGUCGUGGUUGCAUGCUGUUUGCUUGGGCAUGCAGAGUUUGAGGACCUCACAUGGGAGGAAGGCGAGAUCGAGGUGAGCAGUAAAGGAAAGGGAGGGACUGGUGAAAGGGUGUGGGGAAAGGGGGGAAAUAGGGAUGGGAGGAAUGUCGUGGUUGCAUGCUGUUUGCUUGGGCAUGCAGAGUUUGAGGACCUCACAUGGGAGGAAGGCGAGAUCGAGGUGAGCAGUAAAGGAAAGGGAGGGACUGGUGAAAGGGUGUGGGGAAAGGGGGGAAAUAGGGAUGGGAGGAAUGUCGCGGUUGCAUGCUGUUUGCUUGGGCAUGCAGAGUUUGAGGACCUCACAUGGGAGGAAGGCGAGAUCGAGGUGAGCAGUAAAGGAAAGGGAGGGACUGGUGAAAGGGUGUGGGGAAAGGGGGGAAAUAGGGAUGGGAGGAAUGUCGCGGUUGCAUGCUGUUUGCUUGGGCAUGCAGAGUUUGAGGACCUCACAUGGGAGGAAGGCGAGAUCGAGGUGAGCAGUAAAGGAAAGGGAGGGACUGGUGAAAGGGUGUGGGGAAAGGGGGGAAAUAGGGAUGGGAGGAAUGUCGCGGUUGCAUGCUGUUUGCUUGGGCAUGCAGAGUUUGAGGACCUCACAUGGGAGGAAGGCGAGAUCGAGGUGAGCAGUAAAGGAAAGGGAGGGACUGGUGAAAGGGUGUGGGGAAAGGGGGGAAAUAGGGAUGGGAGGAAUGUCGUGGUUGCAUGCUGUUUGCUUGGGCAUGCAGAGUUUGAGGACCUCACAUGGGAGGAAGGCGAGAUCGAGGUGAGCAGUGAAGGAAAGGGAGGGACUGGUGAAAGGGUGUGGGGAAAGGGGGGAAAUAGGGAUGGGAGGAAUGUCGCGGUUGCAUGCUGUUUGCUUGGGCAUGCAGAGUUUGAGGACCUCACAUGGGAGGAAGGCGAGAUCGAGGUGAGCAGUAAAGGAAAGGGAGGGACUGGUGAAAGGGUGUGGGGAAAGGGGGGAAAUAGGGAUGGGAGGAAUGUCGCGGUUGCAUGCUGUUUGCUUGGGCAUGCAGAGUUUGAGGACCUCACAUGGGAGGAAGGCGAGAUCGAGGUGAGCAGUAAAGGAAAGGGAGGGACUGGUGAAAGGGUGUGGGGAAAGGGGGGAAAUAGGGAUGGGAGGAAUGUCGUGGUUGCAUGCUGUUUGCUUGGGCAUGCAGAGUUUGAGGACCUCACAUGGGAGGAAGGCGAGAUCGAGGUGAGCAGUAAAGGAAAGGGAGGGACUGGUGAAAGGGUGUGGGGAAAGGGGGGAAAUAGGGAUGGGAGGAAUGUCGUGGUUGCAUGCUGUUUGCUUGGGCAUGCAGAGUUUGAGGACCUCACAUGGGAGGAAGGCGAGAUCGAGGUGAGCAGUAAAGGAAAGGGAGGGACUGGUGAAAGGGUGUGGGGAAAGGGGGGAAAUAGGGAUGGGAGGAAUGUCGUGGUUGCAUGCUGUUUGCUUGGGCAUGCAGAGUUUGAGGACCUCACAUGGGAGGAAGGCGAGAUCGAGGUGAGCAGUAAAGGAAAGGGAGGGACUGGUGAAAGGGUGUGGGGAAAGGGGGGAAAUAGGGAUGGGAGGAAUGUCGUGGUUGCAUGCUGUUUGCUUGGGCAUGCAGAGUUUGAGGACCUCACAUGGGAGGAAGGCGAGAUCGAGGUGAGCAGUAAAGGAAAGGGAGGGACUGGUGAAAGGGUGUGGGGAAAGGGGGGAAAUAGGGAUGGGAGGAAUGUCGUGGUUGCAUGCUGUUUGCUUGGGCAUGCAGAGUUUGAGGACCUCACAUGGGAGGAAGGCGAGAUCGAGGUGAGCAGUAAAGGAAAGGGAGGGACUGGUGAAAGGGUGUGGGGAAAGGGGGGAAAUAGGGAUGGGAGGAAUGUCGUGGUUGCAUGCUGUUUGCUUGGGCAUGCAGAGUUUGAGGACCUCACAUGGGAGGAAGGCGAGAUCGAGGUGAGCAGUAAAGGAAAGGGAGGGACUGGUGAAAGGGUGUGGGGAAAGGGGGGAAAUAGGGAUGGGAGGAAUGUCGUGGUUGCAUGCUGUUUGCUUGGGCAUGCAGAGUUUGAGGACCUCACAUGGGAGGAAGGCGAGAUCGAGGUGAGCAGUAAAGGAAAGGGAGGGACUGGUGAAAGGGUGUGGGGAAAGGGGGGAAAUAGGGAUGGGAGGAAUGUCGUGGUUGCAUGCUGUUUGCUUGGGCAUGCAGAGUUUGAGGACCUCACAUGGGAGGAAGGCGAGAUCGAGGUGAGCAGUAAAGGAAAGGGAGGGACUGGUGAAAGGGUGUGGGGAAAGGGGGGAAAUAGGGAUGGGAGGAAUGUCGUGGUUGCAUGCUGUUUGCUUGGGCAUGCAGAGUUUGAGGACCUCACAUGGGAGGAAGGCGAGAUCGAGGUGAGCAGUAAAGGAAAGGGAGGGACUGGUGAAAGGGUGUGGGGAAAGGGGGGAAAUAGGGAUGGGAGGAAUGUCGUGGUUGCAUGCUGUUUGCUUGGGCAUGCAGAGUUUGAGGACCUCACAUGGGAGGAAGGCGAGAUCGAGGUGAGCAGUAAAGGAAAGGGAGGGACUGGUGAAAGGGUGUGGGGAAAGGGGGGAAAUAGGGAUGGGAGGAAUGUCGUGGUUGCAUGCUGUUUGCUUGGGCAUGCAGAGUUUGAGGACCUCACAUGGGAGGAAGGCGAGAUCGAGGUGAGCAGUAAAGGAAAGGGAGGGACUGGUGAAAGGGUGUGGGGAAAGGGGGGAAAUAGGGAUGGGAGGAAUGUCGCGGUUGCAUGCUGUUUGCUUGGGCAUGCAGAGUUUGAGGACCUCACAUGGGAGGAAGGCGAGAUCGAGGUGAGCUGUAAAGGAAAGGGAGGGACUGGUGAAAGGGUGUGGGGAAAGGGGGGAAAUAGGGAUGGGAGGAAUGUCGCGGUUGCAUGCUGUUUGCUUGGGCAUGCAGAGUUUGAGGACCUCACAUGGGAGGAAGGCGAGAUCGAGGUGAGCAGUAAAGGAAAGGGAGGGACUGGUGAAAGGGUGUGGGGAAAGGGGGGAAAUAGGGAUGGGAGGAAUGUCGCGGUUGCAUGCUGUUUGCUUGGGCAUGCAGAUUUUGAGGACCUCACAUGGGAGGAAGGCGAGAUCGAGGUGAGCAGUAAAGGAAAGGGAGGGACUGGUGAAAGGGUGUGGGGAAAGGGGGGAAAUAGGGAUGGGAGGAAUGUCGCGGUUGCAUGCUGUUUGCUUGGGCAUGCAGAGUUUGAGGACCUCACAUGGGAGGAAGGCGAGAUCGAGGUGAGCAGUAAAGGAAAGGGAGGGACUGGUGAAAGGGUGUGGGGAAAGGGGGGAAAUAGGGAUGGGAGGAAUGUCGCGGUUGCAUGCUGUUUGCUUGGGCAUGCAGAGUUUGAGGACCUCACAUGGGAGGAAGGCGAGAUCGAGGUGAGCAGUAAAGGAAAGGGAGGGACUGGUGAAAGGGUGUGGGGAAAGGGGGGAAAUAGGGAUGGGAGGAAUGUCGUGGUUGCAUGCUGUUUGCUUGGGCAUGCAGAGUUUGAGGACCUCACAUGGGAGGAAGGCGAGAUCGAGGUGAGCAGUAAAGGAAAGGGAGGGACUGGUGAAAGGGUGUGGGGAAAGGGGGGAAAUAGGGAUGGGAGGAAUGUCGCGGUUGCAUGCUGUUUGCUUGGGCAUGCAGAGUUUGAGGACCUCACAUGGGAGGAAGGCGAGAUCGAGGUGAGCAGUAAAGGAAAGGGAGGGACUGGUGAAAGGGUGUGGGGAAAGGGGGGAAAUAGGGAUGGGAGGAAUGUCGCGGUUGCAUGCUGUUUGCUUGGGCAUGCAGAGUUUGAGGACCUCACAUGGGAGGAAGGCGAGAUCGAGGUGAGCAGUAAAGGAAAGGGAGGGACUGGUGAAAGGGUGUGGGGAAAGGGGGGAAAUAGGGAUGGGAGGAAUGUCGCGGUUGCAUGCUGUUUGCUUGGGCAUGCAGAGUUUGAGGACCUCACAUGGGAGGAAGGCGAGAUCGAGGUGAGCAGUAAAGGAAAGGGAGGGACUGGUGAAAGGGUGUGGGGAAAGGGGGGAAAUAGGGAUGGGAGGAAUGUCGCGGUUGCAUGCUGUUUGCUUGGGCAUGCAGAGUUUGAGGACCUCACAUGGGAGGAAGGCGAGAUCGAGGUGAGCAGUAAAGGAAAGGGAGGGACUGGUGAAAGGGUGUGGGGAAAGGGGGGAAAUAGGGAUGGGAGGAAUGUCGUGGUUGCAUGCUGUUUGCUUGGGCAUGCAGAGUUUGAGGACCUCACAUGGGAGGAAGGCGAGAUCGAGGUGAGCAGUAAAGGAAAGGGAGGGACUGGUGAAAGGGUGUGGGGAAAGGGGGGAAAUAGGGAUGGGAGGAAUGUCGCGGUUGCAUGCUGUUUGCUUGGGCAUGCAGAGUUUGAGGACCUCACAUGGGAGGAAGGCGAGAUCGAGGUGAGCAGUAAAGGAAAGGGAGGGACUGGUGAAAGGGUGUGGGGAAAGGGGGGAAAUAGGGAUGGGAGGAAUGUCGCGGUUGCAUGCUGUUUGCUUGGGCAUGCAGAGUUUGAGGACCUCACAUGGGAGGAAGGCGAGAUCGAGGUGAGCAGUAAAGGAAAGGGAGGGACUGGUGAAAGGGUGUGGGGAAAGGGGGGAAAUAGGGAUGGGAGGAAUGUCGCGGUUGCAUGCUGUUUGCUUGGGCAUGCAGAGUUUGAGGACCUCACAUGGGAGGAAGGCGAGAUCGAGGUGAGCAGUAAAGGAAAGGGAGGGACUGGUGAAAGGGUGUGGGGAAAGGGGGGAAAUAGGGAUGGGAGGAAUGUCGUGGUUGCAUGCUGUUUGCUUGGGCAUGCAGAGUUUGAGGACCUCACAUGGGAGGAAGGCGAGAUCGAGGUGAGCAGUAAAGGAAAGGGAGGGACUGGUGAAAGGGUGUGGGGAAAGGGGGGAAAUAGGGAUGGGAGGAAUGUCGCGGUUGCAUGCUGUUUGCUUGGGCAUGCAGAGUUUGAGGACCUCACAUGGGAGGAAGGCGAGAUCGAGGUGAGCAGUAAAGGAAAGGGAGGGACUGGUGAAAGGGUGUGGGGAAAGGGGGGAAAUAGGGAUGGGAGGAAUGUCGCGGUUGCAUGCUGUUUGCUUGGGCAUGCAGAGUUUGAGGACCUCACAUGGGAGGAAGGCGAGAUCGAGGUGAGCAGUAAAGGAAAGGGAGGGACUGGUGAAAGGGUGUGGGGAAAGGGGGGAAAUAGGGAUGGGAGGAAUGUCGCGGUUGCAUGCUGUUUGCUUGGGCAUGCAGAGUUUGAGGACCUCACAUGGGAGGAAGGCGAGAUCGAGGUGAGCAGUAAAGGAAAGGGAGGGACUGGUGAAAGGGUGUGGGGAAAGGGGGGAAAUAGGGAUGGGAGGAAUGUCGUGGUUGCAUGCUGUUUGCUUGGGCAUGCAGAGUUUGAGGACCUCACAUGGGAGGAAGGCGAGAUCGAGGUGAGCAGUAAAGGAAAGGGAGGGACUGGUGAAAGGGUGUGGGGAAAGGGGGGAAAUAGGGAUGGGAGGAAUGUCGCGGUUGCAUGCUGUUUGCUUGGGCAUGCAGAGUUUGAGGACCUCACAUGGGAGGAAGGCGAGAUCGAGGUGAGCAGUAAAGGAAAGGGAGGGACUGGUGAAAGGGUGUGGGGAAAGGGGGGAAAUAGGGAUGGGAGGAAUGUCGCGGUUGCAUGCUGUUUGCUUGGGCAUGCAGAGUUUGAGGACCUCACAUGGGAGGAAGGCGAGAUCGAGGUGAGCAGUAAAGGAAAGGGAGGGACUGGUGAAAGGGUGUGGGGAAAGGGGGGAAAUAGGGAUGGGAGGAAUGUCGCGGUUGCAUGCUGUUUGCUUGGGCAUGCAGAGUUUGAGGACCUCACAUGGGAGGAAGGCGAGAUCGAGGUGAGCAGUAAAGGAAAGGGAGGGACUGGUGAAAGGGUGUGGGGAAAGGGGGGAAAUAGGGAUGGGAGGAAUGUCGUGGUUGCAUGCUGUUUGCUUGGGCAUGCAGAGUUUGAGGACCUCACAUGGGAGGAAGGCGAGAUCGAGGUGAGCAGUAAAGGAAAGGGAGGGACUGGUGAAAGGGUGUGGGGAAAGGGGGGAAAUAGGGAUGGGAGGAAUGUCGCGGUUGCAUGCUGUUUGCUUGGGCAUGCAGAGUUUGAGGACCUCACAUGGGAGGAAGGCGAGAUCGAGGUGAGCAGUAAAGGAAAGGGAGGGACUGGUGAAAGGGUGUGGGGAAAGGGGGGAAGUAGGGAUGGGAGGAAUGUCGCGGUUGCAUGCUGUUUGCUUGGGCAUGCAGAGUUUGAGGACCUCACAUGGGAGGAAGGCGAGAUCGAGGUGAGCAGUAAAGGAAAGGGAGGGACUGGUGAAAGGGUGUGGGGAAAGGGGGGAAAUAGGGAUGGGAGGAAUGUCGUGGUUGCAUGCUGUUUGCUUGGGCAUGCAGAGUUUGAGGACCUCACAUGGGAGGAAGGCGAGAUCGAGGUGAGCAGUGAAGGAAAGGGAGGGACUGGUGAAAGGGUGUGGGGAAAGGGGGGAAAUAGGGAUGGGAGGAAUGUCGCGGUUGCAUGCUGUUUGCUUGGGCAUGCAGAGUUUGAGGACCUCACAUGGGAGGAAGGCGAGAUCGAGGUGAGCAGUAAAGGAAAGGGAGGGACUGGUGAAAGGGUGUGGGGAAAGGGGGGAAAUAGGGAUGGGAGGAAUGUCGUGGUUGCAUGCUGUUUGCUUGGGCAUGCAGAGUUUGAGGACCUCACAUGGGAGGAAGGCGAGAUCGAGGUGAGCAGUAAAGGAAAGGGAGGGACUGGUGAAAGGGUGUGGGGAAAGGGGGGAAAUAGGGAUGGGAGGAAUGUCGUGGUUGCAUGCUGUUUGCUUGGGCAUGCAGAGUUUGAGGACCUCACAUGGGAGGAAGGCGAGAUCGAGGUGAGCAGUGAAGGAAAGGGAGGGACUGGUGAAAGGGUGUGGGGAAAGGGGGGAAAUAGGGAUGGGAGGAAUGUCGCGGUUGCAUGCUGUUUGCUUGGGCAUGCAGAGUUUGAGGACCUCACAUGGGAGGAAGGCGAGAUCGAGGUGAGCAGUAAAGGAAAGGGAGGGACUGGUGAAAGGGUGUGGGGAAAGGGGGGAAAUAGGGAUGGGAGGAAUGUCGUGGUUGCAUGCUGUUUGCUUGGGCAUGCAGAGUUUGAGGACCUCACAUGGGAGGAAGGCGAGAUCGAGGUGAGCAGUAAAGGAAAGGGAGGGACUGGUGAAAGGGUGUGGGGAAAGGGGGGAAAUAGGGAUGGGAGGAAUGUCGUGGUUGCAUGCUGUUUGCUUGGGCAUGCAGAGUUUGAGGACCUCACAUGGGAGGAAGGCGAGAUCGAGGUGAGCAGUGAAGGAAAGGGAGGGACUGGUGAAAGGGUGUGGGGAAAGGGGGGAAAUAGGGAUGGGAGGAAUGUCGUGGUUGCAUGCUGUUUGCUUGGGCAUGCAGAGUUUGAGGACCUCACAUGGGAGGAAGGCGAGAUCGAGGUGAGCAGUAAAGGAAAGGGAGGGACUGGUGAAAGGGUGUGGGGAAAGGGGGGAAAUAGGGAUGGGAGGAAUGUCGUGGUUGCAUGCUGUUUGCUUGGGCAUGCAGAGUUCGAGGACCUCACAUGGGAGGAAGGCGAGAUCGAGGUGAGCAGUAAAGGAAAGGGAGGGACUGGUGAAAGGGUGUGGGGAAAGGGGGGAAAUAGGGAUGGGAGGAAUGUCGUGGUUGCAUGCUGUUUGCUUGGGCAUGCAGAGUUCGAGGACCUCACAUGGGAGGAAGGCGAGAUCGAGGUGAGCAGUGAAGGAAAGGGAGGGACUGGUGAAAGGGUGUGGGGAAAGGGGGGAAAUAGGGAUGGGAGGAAUGUCGUGGUUGCAUGCUGUUUGCUUGGGCAUGCAGAGUUUGAGGACCUCACAUGGGAGGAAGGCGAGAUCGAGAUGAGCAGUAAAGGAAAGGGAGGGACUGGUGAAAGGGUGUGGGGAAAGGGGGGAAAUAGGGAUGGGAGGAAUGUCGUGGUUGCAUGCUGUUUGCUUGGGCAUGCAGAGUUCGAGGACCUCACAUGGGAGGAAGGCGAGAUCGAGGUGAGCAGUGAAGGAAAGGGAGGGACUGGUGAAAGGGUGUGGGGAAAGGGGGGAAAUAGGGAUGGGAGUAAUGUCGUGGUUGCAUGCUGUUUGCUUGGGCAUGCAGAGUUUGAGGACCUCACAUGGGAGGAAGGCGAGAUCGAGGUGAGCAGUGAAGGAAAGGGAGGGACUGGUGAAAGGGUGUGGGGAAAGGGGGGAAAUAGGGAUGGGAGGAAUGUCGUGGUUGCAUGCUGUUUGCUUGGGCAUGCAGAGUUUGAGGACCUCACAUGGGAGGAAGGCGAGAUCGAGGUGAGCAGUAAAGGAAAGGGAGGGACUGGUGAAAGGGUGUGGGGAAAGGGGGGAAAUAGGGAUGGGAGGAAUGUCGUGGUUGCAUGCUGUUUGCUUGGGCAUGCAGAGUUCGAGGACCUCACAUGGGAGGAAGGCGAGAUCGAGAUGAGCAGUAAAGGAAAGGGAGGGACUGGUGAAAGGGUGUGGGGAAAGGGGGGAAAUAGGGAUGGGAGGAAUGUCGUGGUUGCAUGCUGUUUGCUUGGGCAUGCAGAGUUCGAGGACCUCACAUGGGAGGAAGGCGAGAUCGAGGUGAGCAGUGAAGGAAAGGGAGGGACUGGUGAAAGGGUGUGGGGAAAGGGGGGAAAUAGGGAUGGGAGUAAUGCCGCGGUUGCAUGCUGUUUGCUUGGGCAUGCAGAGUUUGAGGACCUCACAUGGGAGGAAGGCGAGAUCGAGGUGAGCAGUGAAGGAAAGGGAGGGACUGGUGAAAGGGUGUGGGGAAAGGGGGGAAAUAGGGAUGGGAGGAAUGUCGCGGUUGCAUGCUGUUUGCUUGGGCAUGCAGAGUUUGAGGACCUCACAUGGGAGGAAGGCGAGAUCGAGGUGAGCAGUAAAGGAAAGGGAGGGACUGGUGAAAGGGUGUGGGGAAAGGGGGGAAAUAGGGAUGGGAGGAAUGUCGCGGUUGCAUGCUGUUUGCUUGGGCAUGCAGAGUUUGAGGACCUCACAUGGGAGGAAGGCGAGAUCGAGGUGAGCAGUAAAGGAAAGGGAGGGACUGGUGAAAGGGUGUGGGGAAAGGGGGGAAAUAGGGAUGGGAGGAAUGUCGUGGUUGCAUGCUGUUUGCUUGGGCAUGCAGAGUUUGAGGACCUCACAUGGGAGGAAGGCGAGAUCGAGGUGAGCAGUAAAGGAAAGGGAGGGACUGGUGAAAGGGUGUGGGGAAAGGGGGGAAAUAGGGAUGGGAGGAAUGUCGCGGUUGCAUGCUGUUUGCUUGGGCAUGCAGAGUUUGAGGACCUCACAUGGGAGGAAGGCGAGAUCGAGGUGAGCAGUAAAGGAAAGGGAGGGACUGGUGAAAGGGUGUGGGGAAAGGGGGGAAAUAGGGAUGGGAGGAAUGUCGUGGUUGCAUGCUGUUUGCUUGGGCAUGCAGAGUUUGAGGACCUCACAUGGGAGGAAGGCGAGAUCGAGGUGAGCAGUAAAGGAAAGGGAGGGACUGGUGAAAGGGUGUGGGGAAAGGGGGGAAAUAGGGAUGGGAGGAAUGUCGCGGUUGCAUGCUGUUUGCUUGGGCAUGCAGAGUUUGAGGACCUCACAUGGGAGGAAGGCGAGAUCGAGGUGAGCAGUAAAGGAAAGGGAGGGACUGGUGAAAGGGUGUGGGGAAAGGGGGGAAAUAGGGAUGGGAGGAAUGUCGUGGUUGCAUGCUGUUUGCUUGGGCAUGCAGAGUUUGAGGACCUCACAUGGGAGGAAGGCGAGAUCGAGGUGAGCAGUAAAGGAAAGGGAGGGACUGGUGAAAGGGUGUGGGGAAAGGGGGGAAAUAGGGAUGGGAGGAAUGUCGUGGUUGCAUGCUGUUUGCUUGGGCAUGCAGAGUUUGAGGACCUCACAUGGGAGGAAGGCGAGAUCGAGGUGAGCAGUAAAGGAAAGGGAGGGACUGGUGAAAGGGUGUGGGGAAAGGGGGGAAAUAGGGAUGGGAGGAAUGUCGUGGUUGCAUGCUGUUUGCUUGGGCAUGCAGAGUUCGAGGACCUCACAUGGGAGGAAGGCGAGAUCGAGGUGAGCAGUGAAGGAAAGGGAGGGACUGGUGAAAGGGUGUGGGGAAAGGGGGGAAAUAGGGAUGGGAGGAAUGUCGUGGUUGCAUGCUGUUUGCUUGGGCAUGCAGAGUUUGAGGACCUCACAUGGGAGGAAGGCGAGAUCGAGGUGAGCAGUAAAGGAAAGGGAGGGACUGGUGAAAGGGUGUGGGGAAAGGGGGGAAAUAGGGAUGGGAGGAAUGUCGUGGUUGCAUGCUGUUUGCUUGGGCAUGCAGAGUUUGAGGACCUCACAUGGGAGGAAGGCGAGAUCGAGGUGAGCAGUAAAGGAAAGGGAGGGACUGGUGAAAGGGUGUGGGGAAAGGGGGGAAAUAGGGAUGGGAGGAAUGUCGUGGUUGCAUGCUGUUUGCUUGGGCAUGCAGAGUUUGAGGACCUCACAUGGGAGGAAGGCGAGAUCGAGGUGAGCAGUGAAGGAAAGGGAGGGACUGGUGAAAGGGUGUGGGGAAAGGGGGGAAAUAGGGAUGGGAGUAAUGUCGUGGUUGCAUGCUGUUUGCUUGGGCAUGCAGAGUUUGAGGACCUCACAUGGGAGGAAGGCGAGAUCGAGGUGAGCAGUGAAGGAAAGGGAGGGACUGGUGAAAGGGUGUGGGGAAAGGGGGGAAAUAGGGAUGGGAGUAAUGUCGUGGUUGCAUGCUGUUUGCUUGGGCAUGCAGAGUUUGAGGACCUCACAUGGGAGGAAGGCGAGAUCGAGGUGAGCAGUGAAGGAAAGGGAGGGACUGGUGAAAGGGUGUGGGGAAAGGGGGGAAAUAGGGAUGGGAGUAAUGUCGUGGUUGCAUGCUGUUUGCUUGGGCAUGCAGAGUUUGAGGACCUCACAUGGGAGGAAGGCGAGAUCGAGAUGAGCAGUAAAGGAAAGGGAGGGACUGGUGAAAGGGUGUGGGGAAAGGGGGGAAAUAGGGAUGGGAGUAAUGUCGUGGUUGCAUGCUGUUUGCUUGGGCAUGCAGAGUUUGAGGACCUCACAUGGGAGGAAGGCGAGAUCGAGGUGAGCAGUGAAGGAAAGGGAGGGACUGGUGAAAGGGUGUGGGGAAAGGGGGGAAAUAGGGAUGGGAGUAAUGUCGUGGUUGCAUGCUGUUUGCUUGGGCAUGCAGAGUUCGAGGACCUCACAUGGGAGGAAGGCGAGAUCGAGGUGAGCAGUGAAGGAAAGGGAGGGACUGGUGAAAGGGUGUGGGGAAAGGGGGGAAAUAGGGAUGGGAGUAAUGUCGUGGUUGCAUGCUGUUUGCUUGGGCAUGCAGAGUUUGAGGACCUCACAUGGGAGGAAGGCGAGAUCGAGAUGAGCAGUGAAGGAAAGGGAGGGACUGGUGAAAGGGUGUGGGGAAAGGGGGGAAAUAGGGAUGGGAGUAAUGUCGUGGUUGCAUGCUGUUUGCUUGGGCAUGCAGAGUUUGAGGACCUCACAUGGGAGGAAGGCGAGAUCGAGGUGAGCAGUGAAGGAAAGGGAGGGACUGGUGAAAGGGUGUGGGGAAAGGGGGGAAAUAGGGAUGGGAGUAAUGUCGUGGUUGCAUGCUGUUUGCUUGGGCAUGCAGAGUUUGAGGACCUCACAUGGGAGGAAGGCGAGAUCGAGGUGAGCAGUGAAGGAAAGGGAGGGACUGGUGAAAGGGUGUGGGGAAAGGGGGGAAAUAGGGAUGGGAGUAAUGUCGUGGUUGCAUGCUGUUUGCUUGGGCAUGCAGAGUUUGAGGACCUCACAUGGGAGGAAGGCGAGAUCGAGGUGAGCAGUGAAGGAAAGGGAGGGACUGGUGAAAGGGUGUGGGGAAAGGGGGGAAAUAGGGAUGGGAGUAAUGUCGUGGUUGCAUGCUGUUUGCUUGGGCAUGCAGAGUUUGAGGACCUCACAUGGGAGGAAGGCGAGAUCGAGGUGAGCAGUAAAGGAAAGGGAGGGACUGGUGAAAGGGUGUGGGGAAAGGGGGGAAAUAGGGAUGGGAGUAAUGUCGUGGUUGCAUGCUGUUUGCUUGGGCAUGCAGAGUUUGAGGACCUCACAUGGGAGGAAGGCGAGAUCGAGGUGAGCAGUAAAGGAAAGGGAGGGACUGGUGAAAGGGUGUGGGGAAAGGGGGGAAAUAGGGAUGGGAGUAAUGUCGUGGUUGCAUGCUGUUUGCUUGGGCAUGCAGAGUUUGAGGACCUCACAUGGGAGGAAGGCGAGAUCGAGAUGAGCAGUAAAGGAAAGGGAGGGACUGGUGAAAGGGUGUGGGGAAAGGGGGGAAAUAGGGAUGGGAGUAAUGUCGUGGUUGCAUGCUGUUUGCUUGGGCAUGCAGAGUUUGAGGACCUCACAUGGGAGGAAGGCGAGAUCGAGGUGAGCAGUGAAGGAAAGGGAGGGACUGGUGAAAGGGUGUGGGGAAAGGGGGGAAAUAGGGAUGGGAGUAAUGUCGUGGUUGCAUGCUGUUUGCUUGGGCAUGCAGAGUUUGAGGACCUCACAUGGGAGGAAGGCGAGAUCGAGGUGAGCAGUAAAGGAAAGGGAGGGACUGGUGAAAGGGUGUGGGGAAAGGGGGGAAAUAGGGAUGGGAGGAAUGUCGUGGUUGCAUGCUGUUUGCUUGGGCAUGCAGAGUUUGAGGACCUCACAUGGGAGGAAGGCGAGAUCGAGGACCUCACAUGGGAGGAAGGCGAGAUCGAGGUGAGCAGUGAAGGAAAGGGAGGGACUGGUGAAAGGGUGUGGGGAAAGGGGGGAAAUAGGGAUGGGAGGAAUGUCGUGGUUGCAUGCUGUUUGCUUGGGCAUGCAGAGUUUGAGGACCUCACAUGGGAGGAAGGCGAGAUCGAGGUGAGCAGUGAAGGAAAGGGAGGGACUGGUGAAAGGGUGUGGGGAAAGGGGGGAAAUAGGGAUGGGAGUAAUGUCGUGGUUGCAUGCUGUUUGCUUGGGCAUGCAGAGUUUGAGGACCUCACAUGGGAGGAAGGCGAGAUCGAGGUGAGCAGUGAAGGAAAGGGAGGGACUGGUGAAAGGGUGUGGGGAAAGGGGGGAAAUAGGGAUGGGAGUAAUGUCGUGGUUGCAUGCUGUUUGCUUGGGCAUGCAGAGUUUGAGGACCUCACAUGGGAGGAAGGCGAGAUCGAGGUGAGCAGUGAAGGAAAGGGAGGGACUGGUGAAAGGGUGUGGGGAAAGGGGGGAAAUAGGGAUGGGAGUAAUGUCGUGGUUGCAUGCUGUUUGCUUGGGCAUGCAGAGUUUGAGGACCUCACAUGGGAGGAAGGCGAGAUCGAGGUGAGCAGUGAAGGAAAGGGAGGGACUGGUGAAAGGGUGUGGGGAAAGGGGGGAAAUAGGGAUGGGAGUAAUGUCGUGGUUGCAUGCUGUUUGCUUGGGCAUGCAGAGUUUGAGGACCUCACAUGGGAGGAAGGCGAGAUCGAGGUGAGCAGUGAAGGAAAGGGAGGGACUGGUGAAAGGGUGUGGGGAAAGGGGGGAAAUAGGGAUGGGAGUAAUGUCGUGGUUGCAUGCUGUUUGCUUGGGCAUGCAGAGUUUGAGGACCUCACAUGGGAGGAAGGCGAGAUCGAGGUGAGCAGUGAAGGAAAGGGAGGGACUGGUGAAAGGGUGUGGGGAAAGGGGGGAAAUAGGGAUGGGAGUAAUGUCGUGGUUGCAUGCUGUUUGCUUGGGCAUGCAGAGUUUGAGGACCUCACAUGGGAGGAAGGCGAGAUCGAGGUGAGCAGUGAAGGAAAGGGAGGGACUGGUGAAAGGGUGUGGGGAAAUGGGGGAAAUAGGGAUGGGAGUAAUGUCGUGGUUGCAUGCUGUUUGCUUGGGCAUGCAGAGUUUGAGGACCUCACAUGGGAGGAAGGCGAGAUCGAGGUGAGCAGUGAAGGAAAGGGAGGGACUGGUGAAAGGGUGUGGGGAAAGGGGGGAAAUAGGGAUGGGAGUAAUGUCGUGGUUGCAUGCUGUUUGCUUGGGCAUGCAGAGUUUGAGGACCUCACAUGGGAGGAAGGCGAGAUCGAGGUGAGCAGUGAAGGAAAGGGAGGGACUGGUGAAAGGGUGUGGGGAAAGGGGGGAAAUAGGGAUGGGAGUAAUGUCGUGGUUGCAUGCUGUUUGCUUGGGCAUGCAGAGUUUGAGGACCUCACAUGGGAGGAAGGCGAGAUCGAGGUGAGCAGUGAAGGAAAGGGAGGGACUGGUGAAAGGGUGUGGGGAAAGGGGGGAAAUAGGGAUGGGAGUAAUGUCGUGGUUGCAUGCUGUUUGCUUGGGCAUGCAGAGUUUGAGGACCUCACAUGGGAGGAAGGCGAGAUCGAGGUGAGCAGUGAAGGAAAGGGAGGGACUGGUGAAAGGGUGUGGGGAAAGGGGGGAAAUAGGGAUGGGAGUAAUGUCGUGGUUGCAUGCUGUUUGUUUGGGCAUGCAGAGUUUGAGGACCUCACAUGGGAGGAAGGCGAGAUCGAGGUGAGCAGUGAAGGAAAGGGAGGGACUGGUGAAAGGGUGUGGGGAAAGGGGGGAAAUAGGGAUGGGAGUAAUGUCGUGGUUGCAUGCUGUUUGCUUGGGCAUGCAGAGUUUGAGGACCUCACAUGGGAGGAAGGCGAGAUCGAGGUGAGCAGUGAAGGAAAGGGAGGGACUGGUGAAAGGGUGUGGGGAAAGGGGGGAAAUAGGGAUGGGAGUAAUGUCGUGGUUGCAUGCUGUUUGCUUGGGCAUGCAGAGUUUGAGGACCUCACAUGGGAGGAAGGCGAGAUCGAGGUGAGCAGUGAAGGAAAGGGAGGGACUGGUGAAAGGGUGUGGGGAAAGGGGGGAAAUAGGGAUGGGAGUAAUGUCGUGGUUGCAUGCUGUUUGCUUGGGCAUGCAGAGUUUGAGGACCUCACAUGGGAGGAAGGCGAGAUCGAGGUGAGCAGUGAAGGAAAGGGAGGGACUGGUGAAAGGGUGUGGGGAAAGGGGGGAAAUAGGGAUGGGAGUAAUGUCGUGGUUGCAUGCUGUUUGCUUGGGCAUGCAGAGUUUGAGGACCUCACAUGGGAGGAAGGCGAGAUCGAGGUGAGCAGUGAAGGAAAGGGAGGGACUGGUGAAAGGGUGUGGGGAAAGGGGGGAAAUAGGGAUGGGAGUAAUGUCGUGGUUGCAUGCUGUUUGCUUGGGCAUGCAGAGUUUGAGGACCUCACAUGGGAGGAAGGCGAGAUCGAGGUGAGCAGUAAAGGAAAGGGAGGGACUGGUGAAAGGGUGUGGGGAAAGGGGGGAAAUAGGGAUGGGAGGAAUGUCGUAGUUGCAUGCUGUUUGCUUGGGCAUGCAGAGUUUGAGGACCUGACAUGGGAGGAAGGCGAGAUCGAGGUGAGCAGUAAAGGAAAGGGAGGGACUGGUGAAAGGGUGUGGGGAAAGGGGGGAAAUAGGGAUGGGAGUAAUGUCGUGGUUGCAUGCUGUUUGCUUGGGCAUGCAGAGUUUGAGGACCUCACAUGGGAGGAAGGCGAGAUCGAGGUGAGCAGUGAAGGAAAGGGAGGGACUGGUGAAAGGGUGUGGGGAAAGGGGGGAAAUAGGGAUGGGAGGAAUGUCGUGGUUGCAUGCUGUUUGCUUGGGCAUGCAGAGUUCGAGGACCUCACAUGGGAGGAAGGCGAGAUCGAGGUGAGCAGUGAAGGAAAGGGAGGGACUGGUGAAAGGGUGUGGGGAAAGGGGGGAAAUAGGGAUGGGAGUAAUGUCGUGGUUGCAUGCUGUUUGCUUGGGCAUGCAGAGUUUGAGGACCUCACAUGGGAGGAAGGCGAGAUCGAGGUGAGCAGUGAAGGAAAGGGAGGGACUGGUGAAAGGGUGUGGGGAAAGGGGGGAAAUAGGGAUGGGAGUAAUGUCGUGGUUGCAUGCUGUUUGCUUGGGCAUGCAGAGUUUGAGGACCUCACAUGGGAGGAAGGCGAGAUCGAGGUGAGCAGUAAAGGAAAGGGAGGGACUGGUGAAAGGGUGUGGGGAAAGGGGGGAAAUAGGGAUGGGAGUAAUGUCGUGGUUGCAUGCUGUUUGCUUGGGCAUGCAGAGUUUGAGGACCUCACAUGGGAGGAAGGCGAGAUCGAGGUGAGCAGUAAAGGAAAGGGAGGGACUGGUGAAAGGGUGUGGGGAAAGGGGGGAAAUAGGGAUGGGAGGAAUGUCGUAGUUGCAUGCUGUUUGCUUGGGCAUGCAGAGUUUGAGGACCUGACAUGGGAGGAAGGCGAGAUCGAGGUGAGCAGUAAAGGAAAGGGAGGGACUGGUGAAAGGGUGUGGGGAAAGGGGGGAAAUAGGGAUGGGAGUAAUGUCGUGGUUGCAUGCUGUUUGCUUGGGCAUGCAGAGUUUGAGGACCUCACAUGGGAGGAAGGCGAGAUCGAGGUGAGCAGUAAAGGAAAGGGAGGGACUGGUGAAAGGGUGUGGGGAAAGGGGGGAAAUAGGGAUGGGAGUAAUGUCGUGGUUGCAUGCUGUUUGCUUGGGCAUGCAGAGUUUGAGGACCUCACAUGGGAGGAAGGCGAGAUCGAGAUGAGCAGUAAAGGAAAGGGAGGGACUGGUGAAAGGGUGUGGGGAAAGGGGGGAAAUAGGGAUGGGAGGAAUGUCGUGGUUGCAUGCUGUUUGCUUGGGCAUGCAGAGUUCGAGGACCUCACAUGGGAGGAAGGCGAGAUCGAGGUGAGCAGUGAAGGAAAGGGAGGGACUGGUGAAAGGGUGUGGGGAAAGGUGGGAAAUAGGGAUGGGAGUAAUGUCGUGGUUGCAUGCUGUUUGCUUGGGCAUGCAGAGUUUGAGGACCUCACAUGGGAGGAAGGCGAGAUCGAGGUGAGCAGUAAAGGAAAGGGAGGGACUGGUGAAAGGGUGUGGGGAAAGGGGGGAAAUAGGGAUGGGAGGAAUGUCGCGGUUGCAUGCUGUUUGCUUGGGCAUGCAGAGUUUGAGGACCUCACAUGGGAGGAAGGCGAGAUCGAGGUGAGCAGUAAAGGAAAGGGAGGGACUGGUGAAAGGGUGUGGGGAAAGGUGGGAAAUAGGGAUGGGAGGAAUGUCGUGGUUGCAUGCUGUUUGCUUGGGCAUGCAGAGUUUGAGGACCUCACAUGGGAGGAAGGCGAGAUCGAGGUGAGCAGUAAAGGAAAGGGAGGGACUGGUGAAAGGGUGUGGGGAAAGGGGGGAAAUAGGGAUGGGAGGAAUGUCGUAGUUGCAUGCUGUUUGCUUGGGCAUGCAGAGUUUGAGGACCUGACAUGGGAGGAAGGCGAGAUCGAGGUGAGCAGUAAAGGAAAGGGAGGGACUGGUGAAAGGGUGUGGGGAAAGGGGGGAAAUAGGGAUGGGAGGAAUGUCGUGGUUGCAUGCUGUUUGCUUGGGCAUGCAGAGUUUGAGGACCUCACAUGGGAGGAAGGCGAGAUCGAGGUGAGCAGUAAAGGAAAGGGAGGGACUGGUGAAAGGGUGUGGGGAAAGGUGGGAAAUAGGGAUGGGAGGAAUGUCGUGGUUGCAUGCUGUUUGCUUGGGCAUGCAGAGUUUGAGGACCUCACAUGGGAGGAAGGCGAGAUCGAGAUGAGCAGUAAAGGAAAGGGAGGGACUGGUGAAAGGGUGUGGGGAAAGGGGGGAAAUAGGGAUGGGAGGAAUGUCGCGGUUGCAUGCUGUUUGCUUGGGCAUGCAGAGUUUGAGGACCUCACAUGGGAGGAAGGCGAGAUCGAGGUGAGCAGUAAAGGAAAGGGAGGGACUGGUGAAAGGGUGUGGGGAAAGGGGGGAAAUAGGGAUGGGAGGAAUGUCGUGGUUGCAUGCUGUUUGCUUGGGCAUGCAGAGUUUGAGGACCUCACAUGGGAGGAAGGCGAGAUCGAGGUGAGCAGUGAAGGAAAGGGAGGGACUGGUGAAAGGGUGUGGGGAAAGGGGGGAAAUAGGGAUGGGAGGAAUGUCGUGGUUGCAUGCUGUUUGCUUGGGCAUGCAGAGUUUGAGGACCUCACAUGGGAGGAAGGCGAGAUCGAGGUGAGCAGUGAAGGAAAGGGAGGGACUGGUGAAAGGGUGUGGGGAAAGGGGGGAAAUAGGGAUGGGAGGAAUGUCGUGGUUGCAUGCUGUUUGCUUGGGCAUGCAGAGUUUGAGGACCUCACAUGGGAGGAAGGCGAGAUCGAGGUGAGCAGUAAAGGAAAGGGAGGGACUGGUGAAAGGGUGUGGGGAAAGGGGGGAAAUAGGGAUGGGAGGAAUGUCGUGGUUGCAUGCUGUUUGCUUGGGCAUGCAGAGUUUGAGGACCUCACAUGGGAGGAAGGCGAGAUCGAGGUGAGCAGUAAAGGAAAGGGAGGGACUGGUGAAAGGGUGUGGGGAAAGGGGGGAAAUAGGGAUGGGAGGAAUGUCGUAGUUGCAUGCUGUUUGCUUGGGCAUGCAGAGUUUGAGGACCUGACAUGGGAGGAAGGCGAGAUCGAGGUGAGCAGUAAAGGAAAGGGAGGGACUGGUGAAAGGGUGUGGGGAAAGGUGGGAAAUAGGGAUGGGAGGAAUGUCGUGGUUGCAUGCUGUUUGCUUGGGCAUGCAGAGUUUGAGGACCUCACAUGGGAGGAAGGCGAGAUCGAGGUGAGCAGUAAAGGAAAGGGAGGGACUGGUGAAAGGGUGUGGGGAAAGGGGGGAAAUAGGGAUGGGAGGAAUGUCGUGGUUGCAUGCUGUUUGCUUGGGCAUGCAGAGUUUGAGGACCUCACAUGGGAGGAAGGCGAGAUCGAGAUGAGCAGUAAAGGAAAGGGAGGGACUGGUGAAAGGGUGUGGGGAAAGGGGGGAAAUAGGGAUGGGAGGAAUGUCGUGGUUGCAUGCUGUUUGCUUGGGCAUGCAGAGUUCGAGGACCUCACAUGGGAGGAAGGCGAGAUCGAGGUGAGCAGUGAAGGAAAGGGAGGGACUGGUGAAAGGGUGUGGGGAAAGGUGGGAAAUAGGGAUGGGAGGAAUGUCGUGGUUGCAUGCUGUUUGCUUGGGCAUGCAGAGUUUGAGGACCUCACAUGGGAGGAAGGCGAGAUCGAGGUGAGCAGUAAAGGAAAGGGAGGGACUGGUGAAAGGGUGUGGGGAAAGGGGGGAAAUAGGGAUGGGAGGAAUGUCGCGGUUGCAUGCUGUUUGCUUGGGCAUGCAGAGUUUGAGGACCUCACAUGGGAGGAAGGCGAGAUCGAGGUGAGCAGUAAAGGAAAGGGAGGGACUGGUGAAAGGGUGUGGGGAAAGGUGGGAAAUAGGGAUGGGAGGAAUGUCGUGGUUGCAUGCUGUUUGCUUGGGCAUGCAGAGUUUGAGGACCUCACAUGGGAGGAAGGCGAGAUCGAGGUGAGCAGUAAAGGAAAGGGAGGGACUGGUGAAAGGGUGUGGGGAAAGGGGGGAAAUAGGGAUGGGAGGAAUGUCGUGGUUGCAUGCUGUUUGCUUGGGCAUGCAGAGUUUGAGGACCUCACAUGGGAGGAAGGCGAGAUCGAGGUGAGCAGUAAAGGAAAGGGAGGGACUGGUGAAAGGGUGUGGGGAAAGGGGGGAAAUAGGGAUGGGAGGAAUGUCGUGGUUGCAUGCUGUUUGCUUGGGCAUGCAGAGUUUGAGGACCUCACAUGGGAGGAAGGCGAGAUCGAGGUGAGCAGUAAAGGAAAGGGAGGGACUGGUGAAAGGGUGUGGGGAAAGGGGGGAAAUAGGGAUGGGAGGAAUGUCGUGGUUGCAUGCUGUUUGCUUGGGCAUGCAGAGUUUGAGGACCUCACAUGGGAGGAAGGCGAGAUCGAGGUGAGCAGUAAAGGAAAGGGAGGGACUGGUGAAAGGGUGUGGGGAAAGGGGGGAAAUAGGGAUGGGAGGAAUGUCGUGGUUGCAUGCUGUUUGCUUGGGCAUGCAGAGUUUGAGGACCUCACAUGGGAGGAAGGCGAGAUCGAGGUGAGCAGUAAAGGAAAGGGAGGGACUGGUGAAAGGGUGUGGGGAAAGGGGGGAAAUAGGGAUGGGAGGAAUGUCGUGGUUGCAUGCUGUUUGCUUGGGCAUGCAGAGUUUGAGGACCUCACAUGGGAGGAAGGCGAGAUCGAGGUGAGCAGUGAAGGAAAGGGAGGGACUGGUGAAAGGGUGUGGGGAAAGGGGGGAAAUAGGGAUGGGAGGAAUGUCGCGGUUGCAUGCUGUUUGCUUGGGCAUGCAGAGUUUGAGGACCUCACAUGGGAGGAAGGCGAGAUCGAGGUGAGCAGUAAAGGAAAGGGAGGGACUGGUGAAAGGGUGUGGGGAAAGGGGGGAAAUAGGGAUGGGAGGAAUGUCGUGGUUGCAUGCUGUUUGCUUGGGCAUGCAGAGUUUGAGGACCUCACAUGGGAGGAAGGCGAGAACGAGGUGAGCAGUAAAGGAAAGGGAGGGACUGGUGAAAGGGUGUGGGGAAAGGGGGGAAAUAGGGAUGGGAGGAAUGUCGUGGUUGCAUGCUGUUUGCUUGGGCAUGCAGAGUUUGAGGACCUCACAUGGGAGGAAGGCGAGAUCGAGGUGAGCAGUAAAGGAAAGGGAGGGACUGGUGAAAGGGUGUGGGGAAAGGGGGGAAAUAGGGAUGGGAGGAAUGUCGUAGUUGCAUGCUGUUUGCUUGGGCAUGCAGAGUUUGAGGACCUCACAUGGGAGGAAGGCGAGAUCGAGGUGAGCAGUAAAGGAAAGGGAGGGACUGGUGAAAGGGUGUGGGGAAAGGGGGGAAAUAGGGAUGGGAGGAAUGUCGUGGUUGCAUGCUGUUUGCUUGGGCAUGCAGAGUUUGAGGACCUCACAUGGGAGGAAGGCGAGAUCGAGGUGAGCAGUAAAGGAAAGGGAGGGACUGGUGAAAGGGUGUGGGGAAAGGGGGGAAAUAGGGAUGGGAGGAAUGUCGUGGUUGCAUGCUGUUUGCUUGGGCAUGCAGAGUUCGAGGACCUCACAUGGGAGGAAGGCGAGAUCGAGGUGAGCAGUGAAGGAAAGGGAGGGACUGGUGAAAGGGUGUGGGGAAAGGUGGGAAAUAGGGAUGGGAGGAAUGUCGUGGUUGCAUGCUGUUUGCUUGGGCAUGCAGAGUUUGAGGACCUCACAUGGGAGGAAGGCGAGAUCGAGGUGAGCAGUAAAGGAAAGGGAGGGACUGGUGAAAGGGUGUGGGGAAAGGGGGGAAAUAGGGAUGGGAGGAAUGUCGCGGUUGCAUGCUGUUUGCUUGGGCAUGCAGAGUUUGAGGACCUCACAUGGGAGGAAGGCGAGAUCGAGGUGAGCAGUAAAGGAAAGGGAGGGACUGGUGAAAGGGUGUGGGGAAAGGUGGGAAAUAGGGAUGGGAGGAAUGUCGUGGUUGCAUGCUGUUUGCUUGGGCAUGCAGAGUUUGAGGACCUCACAUGGGAGGAAGGCGAGAUCGAGGUGAGCAGUAAAGGAAAGGGAGGGACUGGUGAAAGGGUGUGGGGAAAGGGGGGAAAUAGGGAUGGGAGGAAUGUCGCGGUUGCAUGCUGUUUGCUUGGGCAUGCAGAGUUUGAGGACCUCACAUGGGAGGAAGGCGAGAUCGAGGUGAGCAGUAAAGGAAAGGGAGGGACUGGUGAAAGGGUGUGGGGAAAGGGGGGAAAUAGGGAUGGGAGGAAUGUCGUGGUUGCAUGCUGUUUGCUUGGGCAUGCAGAGUUUGAGGACCUCACAUGGGAGGAAGGCGAGAUCGAGGUGAGCAGUAAAGGAAAGGGAGGGACUGGUGAAAGGGUGUGGGGAAAGGGGGGAAAUAGGGAUGGGAGGAAUGUCGUGGUUGCAUGCUGUUUGCUUGGGCAUGCAGAGUUUGAGGACCUCACAUGGGAGGAAGGCGAGAUCGAGGUGAGCAGUAAAGGAAAGGGAGGGACUGGUGAAAGGGUGUGGGGAAAGGGGGGAAAUAGGGAUGGGAGGAAUGUCGUGGUUGCAUGCUGUUUGCUUGGGCAUGCAGAGUUUGAGGACCUCACAUGGGAGGAAGGCGAGAUCGAGGUGAGCAGUAAAGGAAAGGGAGGGACUGGUGAAAGGGUGUGGGGAAAGGGGGGAAAUAGGGAUGGGAGGAAUGUCGUGGUUGCAUGCUGUUUGCUUGGGCAUGCAGAGUUUGAGGACCUCACAUGGGAGGAAGGCAAGAUCGAGACGUUCACACCUCGCCUCCUACGCCGCGGCUCAUCUGCUGCCCCCCAGUCGCCCGCGCAGCACCUUCAGCAGCAGCAGAUGGAAGGCAUUCAAACAGGGAGCAGCAGCGAGGCGGGGCGAGUAGCUUGCACUCACCUGCAAGUGCAGUGA